UUGGUUACCCUUUGCAGAAGUUGGGAUUCAGGAGGCAUACGCCUCUUCAUCACACCAGGACUGCCGGGUGGAAAAUAAUUCCAUCUCUUCCCUAAUUUAGUUGUGCUUCUUUUUUUUUUCUUCUUCUCUGGUGGUGGUGGUACCCAAGCUGUUUUUUUAAUAGGAUCUCCUCUCUCCAUCUUCAUUUGGAUUUUAUAUUUCACAUGGAACCUUAUCUGGCCAUCUUCUUCCUCACUCCCUUCUUCCAAUCCUGCUGUGCCUGGUCAGUGAAUAAUUUCCUGAUGACGGGCCCCAAGGCCUACCUCAUCUACUCCAGCAGCGUGGCGGCCGGGGCGCAGAGUGGCAUCGAGGAGUGCAAGUUCCAGUUUGCCUGGGACCGCUGGAACUGCCCUGAGAGGGCAUUGCAGCUCUCCAGCCACGGUGGGCUGCGCAGCGGUAAGGAAAGCAUUGGAUACCACUACCGGGACCCCCUUACUACAGCGAACAGAGAAACUGCCUUUGUCCAUGCCAUCAGCUCUGCGGGUGUCAUGUACACACUGACCCGGAACUGCAGCCUCGGGGAUUUUGACAACUGUGGCUGUGAUGACUCCCGCAAUGGACAACUGGGGGGGCAAGGCUGGCUGUGGGGAGGCUGCAGCGAUAACGUGGGCUUUGGGGAAGCCAUUUCCAAGCAGUUUGUGGAUGCCUUGGAGACUGGACAAGAUGCCAGAGCUGCUAUGAACCUGCAUAACAAUGAGGCGGGUAGAAAGGCAGUGAAAGGGACCAUGAAGCGGACUUGCAAGUGCCACGGUGUGUCAGGGAGCUGCACCACUCAGACCUGCUGGCUACAGUUGCCCGAGUUUCGGGAGGUGGGAACUUACCUCAAGGAGAGGUACCACAAAGCCCUGAAGGUAGACUUGCUGCAGGGGGCAGGGAACAGUGCUGCCAGCCGGGGUGCCAUCGCUGAGACCUUCAGCUCCAUCUCCAAGAAGGAACUGGUCCAUUUAGAAGACUCUCCUGACUACUGUCUGGAGAACAAGACACUGGGGCUGCUGGGCACAGAGGGCAGGGAGUGCCUGAAGAGGGGCAAGGCACUCAGCAAGUGGGAGAAGCGGAGUUGCCGGCGGCUGUGUGGGGACUGCGGGCUGGCAGUGGAGGAGAGACGAGCUGAGAUGGUGUCCAGCUGCAACUGCAAGUUCCACUGGUGCUGUGCCGUGCGGUGUGAGCAGUGCCGCAAACGGGUCACCAAGUACUUCUGUGUCCGCAAGGAGAAGCGGGAGCGGAGCGGAGGUGGCGGGGCCAGCCGCAAGCUCAAGAGAAAGCUCUGACUUGCUUCCAUGGUCCUGCCUGCCCCUCUCCUCUCCUGCCCUCCCCAUCAGCCCCUGGCACCAUUUCUGUUUGGCAUAGUUUUGUCUCAUUCUCAUUGCUGCCUCAUGGGGGAUUGGGCAAGGAUAAAGAGCAUUGUAUGAAUCCCCAGGUCUUGACCACACAGGGCAUUAGUGCAGUGGGUGACGACUUCUGGGGAUACCUUCAAGUGUUGAAAAAACGAGGUGAGAUUUGGUCUUUUCAACUCAGAGUUACUCUAUCCAGUGUUUCUAUCUGGUUUUAUCUCUGAAAACACAGUGGGUGUC